AUGGUAAAAGAUCCCGAGUUCAUCAGGAGCCUGAAAGGCCCGCAAAGAGACCCCAUGUCCAACAGUUCACCGACGGAGCACAGUUUGCAAGCAGCGGCGGAUGAGGGUGAAAAGAAGAAGCUAGCCAAAGAAAAUGAAGCCCUUCGAGCUCAAAUUCGAGAAAUGAACAUAGCAGCCGAAAAUCCCGAUGAACUAGCCAGGGCUCGAACACAACAGGCUAAGAAUACGAAAGAAAGAGCACGCCUGGUUAGACAGUUAAAAGAGCAAUACAACAAUGAGGUUGCGGGGUUAAAGAAAAGGGUCAUCACCGUCGAGAACAAAAUGAUCAAGCAAGCCAAGGAUUUCAAAGCUGAAAGGGAACACUGUUAUGAUCUGAUGGCUCAGAUGGAGGAGGAAGAAAAGGGUAGGAUCCGAGAGAGGGUCAGGGCCAUUGCCGAUUACAUUGUUGUGAAGUAUCAAGCAUGUGAGGAUAUGACCCGCACCAGUUUCUUUACGACAAUGAUGACAUUUGUCCGGCAAAUAAUGAGUGAUUUGGAAAGGCUCCAAGGGGAUCUUGCAUAUAGGCCCGUGGCGAGGCCGAAUGAUGCCCCGCAGGCCCCAGGAGCAUUCGAGGCAUUAAUGUAUUCGUGA